AUGGAAACGGAUGCUGGUUUCAUCGCCGCCUUGGAAGAGGCAAAGAAAGGUGCCGCUGAAGGUGGAGUCCCUAUCGGUGCCGCUCUAGUGUCCAAGGAUGGGAAGAUCCUCGGCCGUGGACACAAUAUGCGCGUUCAGAAAGGAAGCGCAACCUUGCAUGCCGAGAUGUCUGCUCUCGAGAAUUCUGGCCGUCUUCCCGCCUCCGCCUAUGAGGGUGCGACUAUGUACACCACGCUGUCACCAUGCGACAUGUGUACGGGUGCCUGCGUACUUUACAAGGUUAAGCGGGUUGUCAUCGGGGAGAACAAGAAUUUCAUGGGCGGCGAGGAGUAUCUUCUGAAUCGGGGUAAAGAAGUGGUUGUGCUGGAUAAUGAGGAGUGCAAGCAAUUGAUGGAGAAGUUUAUCAAGGAGAAGCCGGAGCUUUGGAAUGAGGACAUUGCUGUCUAA